CCAGAAUAAAGUGUAGUACAACUGCCAGUUACAAUCAGUAGCCGCAUCUACCAUGUGGUAUUUUAGAAUUUUGCUCAGUUGCGGAUUGCUCGCGACGGUCUGUAAAAGCCAAAUAUUGUCAGUCUUGGGUUCCACAUGUAUUCGACCAAAUAAUAUCUAUAGCAUAGCCUUCACCAAUUUGUUCACGAAUGAUCUCCGAUUGAGGCUAGAUUUGGAAGGCUCCAGCGAAGGGAUUACCGUUUUGAAUGCAACAAAAGAAUUAAAACUCUUCAGCAAGUCACCAGGAUUUUCGAGUUUUCAGGUCGGGGCUAUACCACAGGGUACAUACUUUCUAUCAAUACGAAGCCUAGAUGCACAUUUAAUUUUCAAUGAAAUUAUUGAUUUGUUAUACAAUGGAAAAACUUCAUCAAUAUUCAUUCAAACCGAUAAACCAAUCUAUGUACCUGGAGAUGUUGUUAGGUUUAGAGUUAUUGCAGUGGGUGCCGAUACACGGCCGGUGACGAAUUACAACACUGUGGAUAUUGGAUUUUUUAACACGGAAGGGAAGCUUAUUAGGCAAUGGAAAUAUGCUAAAUUGCACAAAGGGAUCUUUCAGUCGACAGUGCGUCUGCCAUCUUUAUCGAAUUUCGGCAAUUGGAAAUUAUUGGUGACAGCUGGGAAUUAUAAAGUAGAGAAGCAAAUUGAAGUAAGAGAAUACAUACUGCCAAACUUUUUUGUUAAAGCAUAUCCUUCUGAAAUUCUGCUGAUUGAGAAGAAAACGAUUAGCGUAACUGUAGAAUCAACAGAUAUAUCCGGAAGGCACGUUAACGGGACAGUUCGGGUAGACCUAUUUUUCCACGAAGAAAUGGAAAACCCCGACAUGACAAUAACAAAGCAUAUUUCGGGAACAGCUACUAUAGAUUUUGUUCUUGAUUAUGUUCUAGCAAUAGAAGUUGGACAAAAUGUAUUUCAUAGAGAUGUCUUCGUCAAGGUGGAAGUAAUAGAAACAUUUACAAAUCGCACGGAGAAUCUCAUGGAAGUAAUACCCGUAUAUAAACAUCCAUACAGAUAUUCGUUGGCCAAAUCUAUGUCGCGGUUCAAACCCGGUUUACCGUUUCAAAUGGAUUUAUCGAUAACGGAUCACAAUGGUGAACCAGCACCAGAGGAGUCUGUAGCAGACAUUUUAAUAUAUUAUACUGGAGAAUCCUUGGCGAAGGAUAAUUUAACGCAAAGUAUUAUUCGCAAGGGUUUAGUUACGUUGGUUUUAAGACCACCAGAAAGUGCCGGUAGAAUGCACGUUAUGGUAAAAUAUCACACAAAUGACUAUGAACUUGUUGAUUCCAUCGAUGGUAUUCAAACAAACAGUAACUUAAAAUUUUUACGAAUCGCAUUGAAACCUAACCAGCGACUCCGUGUUAACACCUCGGUCUUUUUCGAAAUCACCAGCACAGAACCGUUAAGCUACUUCUCUUACACAGUCACAUCGAGAGGCAGUGUGAUUGCCUCAGGAUAUGAACCGGUACGAAAUCAGAAAAGAACCAACUUUAAGCUUGUGCUCACUUCUCAAAUGGCACCCAAAGCACGGAUCAUUGUUUUCUUUAUUAACAAAGUUCUAAUUUACGAUGACAUGGAGCUUAAUUUUGAUACGUUCAAUAAUGAAUUCUCGUUUACCUUGGAUGCUGUGAAACACCAUACCGGUCAGGAUUUCUAUGCAGACGUUAAAACUGCUAAAGAUUCCUACAUCGCAUUGUGGGCUACCUAUCAAACUUCAGCUUUAUUGGACCGCACAGGACAUGAUUUAACCGAAAAAGAUGUGCUCAACGACUUGGCUCUAUAUGAGUGCACCCACCUAAGUGAAUAUGAUCCGUUCAAUGUCAUGGGAUUAUUUUUGAGAACUACUGCUGAGUUUGACAACGCUUAUCCUGGGAAUGAAAUGAAUGGGGUUGGUGAACGUUAUCCAUUAGUUGAAAAUAUUCAAAAGCCUAUGUACACGAGGACUAAACUUCCGAAAGCAUGGUUUUGGAAAAACAAUGUCAUGAAUGGCAAACAGGAUAAGCUUAGCUUCAGCGACAGUGUGCCUGAUGACAUAACCUCGUGGACAGUUUCAGGAUUUGCGCUUAGUCCCACAUUAGGAUUAGGAAUAAUUAAACAACCACUGACGUUGGUGGUGAAGAAACCGUUGUUCUACAUUGUACUCAAUUUGCCACAUUCCAUAAAGCGUUAUGGCGAAGCUACGAUUCAGGUGACGAUUUAUAACAUUUUGGAAAAUGCGCUUAGUACAGAAGUAACGCUUUUUAACAAGAAUAAUGAAAUUGAGUUCGUUGGACAGUCUUCUAAUGACACAACACGCCAGACCAAAACUGUACUCGUGCCGAAAUCUAAUGGCCACCCAAUAUCCUUUAUGAUUAAAGCAAGAAGACUAGGCGAAAUAGCAAUAAAAGUUGAAGCAAUCAAUUUACUCGCUUCUGAUACUGUCGAACGGAUGCUACAAGUAACCCCGGAAAGCCGGCGUUGCGAAGGAAAUGUUGCUAGGUUUUUCGUUUCACAACCUGAUCAGCAAAGGUUUGUCAUGUACAUUGAUAUUCCAAAGUACAUUGACGAAGGAUCUGCCAGAAUUAAGCUAACACUCAAUGCGAAAUUGUUUGACACACCAAUCAGUAAUUUGGAGUCAUUGGUUCAUCUGCCAACUGGGAACGGAGAACAAAAUAUAGCCAAAUUUGCUUCGAAUAUCGUUAUUUUAGACUACCUUUCUGAAAGUGAAAAGCUUUCAGAAAAAAAUCGGACAAAAGUAAUUGACUACUUACAAAGUGGUUAUCAAAAUCAAUUGAAAUACAAGCGCUCGGAUGGUUCCUUCGGUGUCCAAGGUGCUUCAGACACCAAAGGCGGUACAUUCAUAACAGCUUUCGUAGUGAUGUCAUUCAACAUUGCUAAGACAUACAUCGAUAUAGAUAGGUCGAUAGUUGAAGAUGCACUCCGCUGGUUGGCUAGUAUUCAAACCCAAAAAGGCACAUUCAAUGAGGUUGGUCGGGUUACAGAAGCUAACGUGCGAGGAGGAGUGGGUUCAACCAAAUAUUCACUUACAGCUUAUGUAUUAAUUGCUUUUUUGGAAAAUGAAGAUAUUGCAGCAAAACAUCGGCAAACAGUAAACAAAUCGAUAACAUUUUUGGAGAGAAAUUUUGACAACAUAACAAAUCCGUAUGAUCUAGCAUUGGCCACGUAUGUACUAUCACUUAGCGGUCGACCGAAGCGAGAGGAUUUCCUAAGCAAACUUCUAGAAAAGUCUAUUUUCGAUAGAAACCUUAUUGAACGAUACUGGCAAUUGCCCUCGGAUAACGUUGAAAUUGCCGGAUACGCACUGCUAUCAUUAGUUGCUCUCGAUGUUAGUGAUGGACUCCCUGUUUUGCGAUGGUUGAACAGUAAUUGUUUGGUUUUAGGGAGAACACAGGAUAUAUUUGUCGGAUUAAAAGCACUUACCAAAUUUGCAGCGCAACAGUCAUCCAGAAAUAAUUAUCGAGUUAGUUUAACAGAUGGGCGUACAAAAAAUGUAUUUUAUACCAUGGACGUCGACAAACGAAAAUCCAUGGCUAUUCAGGAACACGAUUUACCCAACCAUAUCCGCCUGUUGGAUGUAGACAUUUCUGGUAUCGGAAGCGGCUACUUGAAAGUGGCAUAUGAUUACUAUCAAGAUAUCCAAAUAUUGCGGCAAAACUUUCAAUUGGCUGUACAAAUGCUAAAUACAACGACUUGUCAUGUCCAGCACCUGAAGAUCUGUGUCAAAUAUACCCCAGAAGAAUCCUACAGCCGCUCUAAAAUGGCAUUUGUUGAAGUAUUUUUCCCCAGCGGAAUGGUUGUAAAAGCGGACGACGUGGAAGAUUUAUCUAAUGCAAUUCGGAAAACCGAAUUACAAUUCGCUGGCACCUCGGUAGUUGUAUACUAUGACAAUCUAGGGCCGGAAGAUAAUUGUUUCAAGGUGACAUCCUACCGUAGAUACAAAGUGGCAGUGCAUCGACCGGCUUAUGUUGUUGUCUAUGAUUAUUACGACCGAGAUCGUUUUGCCAUUGAAACAUAUGAAGGAAAAGUAAUGCAGCUGUGCGAUACCUGUGAAGAUGAAGAGUGUCUUGCAUUGUACUAUGGGGGAUUCAAGUAGGAGCAGGAAAAAAUCAGUUUUGUUUAGGAUUUUCCAUGUUUUGCCUUUCUACUAUAUGAAAAUAUAGUAGAGUAGGGCGGGGCAUAAGUGCGAUGUUUGAAGUUGUCAUCAAUUUUCGUGAGAUAUAACGAAGGACAACAACAUUAUAUAUUUUAUGGUGAUGCAGUAACUCAAUGUCUUCACAUUCAACUAUAAAUCAUCUGCGGUAAUAGUGUUUUGCAAAAUAAAUUCUUCUUUCUUCUGAUCAAGUGCAAAUUCGCACAUUUACCCCACCAGCGGGACAAAAGUUCGAAUACCGCGGGGCAAAAGUUCGAAGCUAGAAUCCAUGUAAUUAGCCCAGCAGUAGCUAACAAAACAAUAUUAUCUUCAAUCUGCGUUAUGUUUCGGUAAGGAAUAUUCUCAAUCUGCACAUUUCUAUUUUGCGCUGGUGUAUUGCAGCCUCCGUUAGAUCGAAACUUUUCCAAACGUUUGUUUUUUUGUUUCAUCAGCGGAACCACAUUGUUUUUCUUCGGCCAACAUCUGUAGAGUCUGUUCAUUUUUAGUAUCUGUAAUACAGUGCCUAAAACUGUAAACCUUUGCAUGUUUGUUUCGUCCAUGAAUCGCACUUUUGCCCCGUCCGUGAAUCGAACUUUUACCCCGCUAGGCGCUUGACGGGGUUAGAUAAAAUUACUGAAAAGCGAAAUAUAUUUUGUAAAUUAUUUUCGCCGUAUUUUCAAAACAGAUAUCUGAGUGAUGUAAAACGCUGCUACAAAUUUUCAACAAGUAAUAUCGUCAUGUUGAUAUAGUAUGCCGUGUAACGAAAAAUUACAUCAAAACCGCCCUAAAAUAACAUUUGCACAUAACUCAGCAACUAUGCUUCGUAAGCAACCAAAAUUUACGUUGGAUUCAAGCUGUCAAAGUAGUCACCCAU